AUGACUUGCAAGGGAUGUAAUAACAAUUGCCAAUGUACGGCCCAGAAAUGUGGUGACAAUUGUGCCUGCAACCAGGAAUGCAACUGUGUCUGCAAGAAUGGACCCAAGGAUCAAUGCUGCUCAAAUAAAAAUUAAUUUGCAUGACCAUUGAAAUUAUAUUGA